ACUUGUUUCAAAAGAAAUAUGUAUUUUAAGAAAUAUGUAAAUAUGUGUUACUUGAACCUUUCAGUUCAUCUUCUCCAUUAUAAGCUCGACGGUGCCGGUCCCGUCAGGUAUUUUCAUCCCGGUGUUUAAAAUCGGAGCCGCGCUGGGUCGGUCCGUAGGCGAGGCGAUGGCACUCUGGUUCCCAAACGGGGUCCGUUACGGCGGCGUCAUAACUCCUAUCGUGCCCGGUGGUUAUGCUACUGUAGGCGCGGCAGCGUUCUCCGGCGCGGUGACCCAUACGAUCUCUGUCAGCGUUAUCGUGUUCGAGAUGACCGGUCAAAUCACCCACAUCGUACCAAUAAUGAUCGCCGUGCUGAUCAGCAACGCGAUCGCCGCCCUUCUUCAACCGAGCAUAUACGACAGCAUCAUACUAAUUAAAAAGCUACCAUACCUGCCCGAUCUGCUACCCUCCAGUUCAGCUUUCCAAAGGCGAUCCAGGUAGUAAGAAUAAUCAAAAUUGAAUUAGUUGUAAAUUAGAAGUGAGUUGGAUAGAGGAGAAUCGU